CAGAGCUACCAGCAGCCAGCAGCAGACCACUCUUGCCAGCGCACAGAUUGGUGUGCCAUGCGGGCGGCCAUGGAAUUCGUCGGUCUGCAUAGCCGCUACUCUCCUAGGCACUUCGUUCCGUCGAAGGUGCGGAGGUUCGCCCAGUCCUGCAGCCUAUCGGUUCUCACCUCCUCUCACAAAUGGCCUGGUGCCAGCAAGACAAGGCAUCAAUCUGCCUUGUCGGGGCGGUCAUGAUUCCUGACUCCCUCGCGGCUACUAAGAAACUUCAGCCUCACCGGUUGUAAACAUGUGUCAUCACUUCAUCCUCACACGGCGGGAUUGCUAACUUGGCCGCAGGGGAGCAUUCACCAUGCAUUGCGGGCUUGCUCGUCUACCAACUGGAAUUCCAACCCGCGGUGUUGUCUACCCGAAUUACUCCUUCCAUUGAUUGGUUGAAAGCGCGGGCGCCUCAUCGCAAUCUUUGUCUUUUAUCAAAGCGGAAGAUUGGCCACUGGUUCUGGCUACAACCCUCUCUCUGACCAUGGCGCGGUAUGGCGCGAUGGCGCCGCGGCUCAUAUCCGUCAUCGGUUGUCUCCAUGUCGAUCGUAUCAUGAUUACCGACCGGAUGCCAGAUCGGGGGGAAAGUUACAGAGCGAGACAGUACCACGAGGCGUUGGGAGGGAAAGGAGCAAACUCGGCCAUCGCCGCCUAUCGAAGCUGCCAUGCCCGGCCUCCCGAGGGAAAGUUAACCUCAUUUGACGAGAGAAUCGACUACUCCAAUGAGAACGAGAUCGAAGUAUGCAUGGUAGGCGCUGUUGGGGACGACAAGUACGCCCAGAUGUUCGAAGACGUGCUGCAAGAGAACGGUGUCGAUGUGUCGCGCCUUCAGAAGGUGGAUGGGAUGACUGGAGUGAGUUUUGUCUUGGUGGAAGUGGCCAGUGGCGAGAAUCGCUGUACUUUUGCGAACAACGCAAACGAUGCAUUAACUGUUGACUACUUCACCGACCUCGACAGUCUUGCCAACGGGCGGCCACCGGAUCUGGUCAUUGCACAGAUGGAAAUCGAUCGAACAGUGGUUGAGAAGAUAAUGGACACGGCUGGUGCGGCGGGCAUCGAGCUUCUGUUGAACGCAGCCCCUGCGAAUUACAUUCUCAGCAACUUCUACCCGCUUAUCACGCAUCUGUUGGUGAACGAGACGGAAGCCGCUACCAUGUCUGGCCGGGAGGUCGAAGAGGUGAAUGAGGAGACAUGGCAAGAGAUUGCCGAGUACUUUCUUGGGAAAGGGGUCAAGAACGUGGUACUGACGUUGGGAGCUCGCGGAGCCUUCUUUGGCAGAGCCGACGAGUUUGGCCACGUCCCGGCUUUCAACGUCAAUGUGCUGGAUUGUACGGGGGCAGGGGACACAUUCACGGGCGCGUACGCAACAGAUUAUUUGCGACAGAAGCAGAUGGGACAAUGGGACAUCAGAGAGGCAGUCAUUCGUGCCUGUAAAGCCGCGGCAUUGACGAUUACCCGUAUCGGCGCCCAGGAAGGAAUUCCCUGGAUGGAUGAAAUAGACAAUUUCGAAGAGAACGAAUCGUCUCAAAUAGGAGUUGAAGCUGCUUCCGCAGAUUCAGAAGAACUGUGAGCAGAGCAAAGGAAAAAUCAUACCACGUAUAGUCAUCCCGAAAAUGUAGGCUACAAGCUACCGAAGAAACGGGCCAGAAAAACCACUCAUGAUGUUG